UCUUUCAUUGCUGAUUUGGUUGAAUGCUGUAGUCAAAUCCACCUCACGACAACGCGGAAUAAACAGAGAAACAGUAAUAAAUUCGAGUUUUAGAUAAAAACAAAACAUAAAACUGUAGGUUUUUUCAAACUAUAUGAAGCCCUCGCGAAUCAGCAAUAUUCUGUGUUUUUGGACGAUUCAGAUCUGGAUAUAUUAAAGCCUGUAGAUUCAUUCACAGUUGAGAUAUUCAUAUUCAUUCAUUCUUUCAUUCGUUGGUCUUGUCAGUUGUAGCAGAAGGAAUGGCUUUCACUAAUGGUUCUGCAGCCCUUGAAAAUGGGUUCAAAAAGAUGGAUUUGGGGAGGCCAGCAGCCAAGAAGAGUGGUUUGGUAGUUUGUUUUGGGGAGAUGCUGAUUGAUUUUGUUCCCACUGUGGGAGAGGUUUCAUUGGCUGAAGCACCUGCAUUUGUCAAGGCCCCUGGUGGUGCACCUGCAAAUGUUGCUGUUGCGAUUGCUAGGCUUGGUGGCCAGUCAGCAUUUGUUGGGAAGGUUGGAGAUGAUGAGUUUGGGCACAUGCUUGCUAGCAUUUUGAGGGAAAACAAGGUUAUGGAUCAGGGAAUUAGAUUUGAUUCCAAUGCUAGAACAGCGCUUGCCUUUGUGACCCUAAAGGUGGAUGGUGAGAGAGAGUUUAUGUUCUACCGCAAUCCCAGUGCUGAUAUGCUUCUUCAUGAGUCUGAGCUAGACAGAGAUUUAAUCCAAAAGGCUUCAAUAUUUCACUAUGGAUCAAUAAGUCUAAUAGCAGAACCAACUAGGUCAGCUCAUCUUGCAGCCAUGGAGGUUGCAAGAGAAGGAGGUGCCCUGCUAUCUUAUGAUCCAAAUCUUAGACUGCCUCUUUGGCCGUCUGCUGAGAAAGCACGCAAAGGGAUCCUGAGUAUAUGGGAUAAGGCAGACUCGAUAAAGGUGAGUGAUGAGGAGGUAGCAUUUCUUACAGGAGGAGACCCUAAUAGUGAUGAAGUUGUAAUGUCACUUUGGCACCCCAGAUUAACAUUAUUGCUUGUAACUUUUGGACAAAAGGGCUGCAAAUAUUAUACCAAGUCUUUUAGUGGAAUGGUGGCUAGUAUUUCGGUGAAGGCAAUUGACACAACAGGUGCAGGAGAUGCAUUCGUAGGAGGGCUUUUGAAUCAAAUUGUAAAUGACAUGUCAGUGCUUAAGGAUGAACAGAAGUUGAAAGAGGCUCUUAGAUUUGCAAAUGGGUGUGGUGCAAUUACAACAACAAAGAAAGGAGCAAUUCCAGCAUUGCCUGAUAAAUCAGCAGUAUUGGAGCUCCUCAAGAACAUUGCCAUGUAAUGUCCCAUAUGAGAGGAGGGCAUUGUAAUUUGUGUGUGUACAUUAUGAUUCUUUAUCAUGUAUUCAUUCAUAAAUUCUAAUAAGCCCACCUCCAAUAGGAAUUUAGAAUAUGAGGAUUCACUAUCUUUGGCCUGUUCUUGUAACUUCCGACAAAGAAGUUGGAUGGUAUGUGUUACUCUGCCCACAAUAGAUCCAAUGGUUUUUCCAAAACAAAUGAAAAAAAAUUUAUGACUGGGAUAAGCUAUAUACCCCUAUACAAGUGGAAAAGUUAUGUUGUAGUCACCAUUCAUCUUAAGCAAAAGAAUGUGAAAUUUCUGUAUUUUCUUCAAUAAAUUCUUUUGAGAGACUGAAAUGUCAUCUUUCAAUUGGGAUUCAA